CGAUUUCGUCCACGCAGCGGCGGAGCAUGCGAGCGCCUGCGCUUUUGGAGGCCUCUUAGGCCGUCGCUGAGCACCCUUGGGGCCAUCAAGGCCCGUGUGCGAGUCCUCUAGGGCCAUCUUGGAGCCAUCAGGGGCCGCAUCGGUCAGGGGCCGCAACGCGCCGUCUGGGAUCCCUGGAGGCCGUGGCUGCGUGGACGAUUUCGUCCACGCAGCGACGGAGCAUGCGAGAUCCCGGAGGCAUAUUGGGCCAUCUCUGAGGCCCCUUGGGGCCAUCAAGGUGGAGCUACCUCCGUCCGCGACGCCCGCCUAGGACGACAAGGGCAAAGGUGGCGACUGCGACCGCGACCCCAACGUCAUCCUGAAAGCCUGUCGGCAGCAUCUCCGCCAAGACCCCGCCAGCCUCGCCGACGAGCUUUCGUGGCCGGUAGUCUAAGGGUUCGCCCUAUCAGCUACAGCGCUGGGAUCAGCGCGUGCGAGAAAUGCGAGCAGUGGCAGCGGGCGCUGGCGCUGUUGAGCGAGAUGCGGGAGGUGAAGCUGGAUCCCAACGUCAUUAGCUACAGCGCUGGGAUCAACGCGUGCGAGAAGGGUGGACAAUGGCAACAGGCGCUGUGCAUGCUCAGAACCAUGCGUUUGAGAAAGUUGGACGUUGACUUCAUGUUCUACGGACUUACAGCCAGCAUGUGCGAGCAAGGCGGGCAAUGGAGCCAAGUGCUGUCUUUAUCUAGGGAGGUGCGUGACCUAGUUACAGGGGAAUGAUACAAGACAUGCCGUGUUCGAUACAUUUGUUUUGUGCAGCUGCAUCGCUGGGACCGGCGCGUGGGAGAUGAGCGAGCAAUGGUUGAUGGCUUUGGCGCUGCUCAGCGAGGUGCGGGAGGCGAAGCUGGAGCCCGAACCCUAGUCAGCUACAAUGCUGGGAUCCGCGCGUGCGAGAAGGGCGAGCAGUGGCAGCGGGCGCUGGCGCUGCUGGCCGAGAUGUGGGAGGCGACGUUGGAGCGCAACGUCAUCAGCUACAGCGCUGGGAUCACUGCGUGCGAGAAGGGCGAGCAGUGGCAGCGGGCCCUGGCGCUGCUGAGCGAGAUGCGGGAGGCCAUGUUUGAGGCCCAACGUCAUCAGCUGCAGCACUGGAAUCAGCGCGUGCGAGAAGGGUAAACACUGGGAGCCCGACGGCAUCAGCCACCCUGGAAACGGAAACACUUGGGGGAUUUCGCAGGAG